CCCCCCCCCCCUCUCUGCAUUUAGAAUACAUUAUCAGGCUAUAGGUUCAAAUCUAAUGAGGGUAGGCUAUGCUACCUGCAGAGAUGGGUAAAAUCAUCUGGAAUAACACCGGUCUAGCCUAUACAUAAACAUGGGGAAUAUCCAUGAACUCUAUUUUAGAAUCUCAAAUGUUACCGACUGCACGUGAACGGGGUUCAAUAAUAAGUAUGAACGUCAACUCUGCAGCUGGGCGAUUGGAAUUAGUUUGACAUUUUUCAACUUCGUGCGUCUUGGUCCACUAUUGGAAAUCCCAAACACCAAUCCAACGUGAUGAAAAUCUAUAUUUUUAAGGAAGGUGAUGAUGACCAUGAAUUUGAGUUAGAAAUGGCGUGACAUCCCUGUUGUUUUCCGUGCCGAAGCGAGUUGUUACAGUGGGAUGGCAUUAAAAAGGGAGGCGGACCCUGGCAGUGUAGCCUACCAAUUUCUUUCAGAGGGCUACAGACUAUUUACUACACUUUAGCAGUGCCUUGUGUCACAACCAAGACUUACAACCAAAAUCAAGCACAUACAGAGGAGGCCUAUCAAGGUUUUUAACCUGUAUUAUAUAACCUUAUUCUCUUUAUUGUUUUCGUCCACCAAGAAUGACUGGAGAGGCAAACAGACUGAGCAGUGCAUCUGCGAGAGGAGACUUGGCAGAAGUUGAGAUGUUAUUACAGAACGGAGCAGAUGUUAAUGCAAACAAUGUAUUCGGCAGGACACCGUUACAGGUGAUGAAACUUGGUAACCCAGCCAUCGCGGAGGCGCUGCUGAGGGCUAACGCAAAUCCAAACGUGCGCGACCAUGUCAGGGGUCUCACUAUCACUCAUGAUGCUGCAAGGGAUGGAUACGUGGACACCCUACGCGUCCUGAUAGAUCAUGGCGCAGACGUCAACCUCUUGGACAACGACGGCAAUCUUCCAUUGCAUCUAGCCGCAAGAGAAGGCUAUCUUGACGUGGUUCAGCUCCUUGUUGGUUGUACGAAGGACGCCGCAAGGCACAACUCCGGAGGCCAUACACCUUAUGAUUUGGCGACUAUGAACAAUAGAGUAUCCAUUGCGCUAUACAUUCAGGCGCACAUGAAUUUAUGAAUAUACAUGGACAAUCCUGACUGGGAUAAAGAGGUGGAGAGAGAGUAGCAAACAUGUAAUCUACCUCUCAUUUGUUACAAUGUGUGUGGAUGUUUUCAGACAUGAUAGCCUCAAUUUCAACCAUAAAGACUAUCAUGAACUCAGGUCGAGUUACGUUUCCUUGUAACCUGAUAAGAACACAUUCCAUAUAGGUUUUGACUCCAGUUUGCUCCAUUGCGAAACAAAUGUGACAAGAUUAUAUGCCACUGGAACUAUAACAAUAAUUUUAAUCCAUUAAAAACUUUUAUGCCCACAACAUUUCCCUAACAACUCAACAUCUCGCAACAUGAUCUUGCGCUUUGGGAUGUUGCCUAAUGUAAGGCUAAUGGCUGGUUAAAGUGAAGAGGAAUUUAUCUUUCAAUUCAAUCCCAAUAAUAUAAUAACUGAAUUUGAGAUGGGUUUAGUAGGCUAUACCGACCAUUUCAAAUGAAACGAGGAACAACAUUGUAUCGUUUAACUUCUCUAGACUGUAACAAUUUUAAAAUAUGACCCUCUUCAUCCAUUGUACUCUUGUGCACCAUAGCAAAUGUCUUAUUUUGUCCCAUUUGUCACGGUUAAUUAAACUCAUGAUAUUUUGACUAAAAAGCUGUAGCCUAUACCUUUCUUCUCCUUUUCCAUGCAUACCAUUGGUAAUAAAUGACCAAUCUAAUGGUAGCCUGACUGAUGUGGCGAUUCUCUUCGAUUUUAUUUGCACUUUGUAAAUAGGGAAACAAGUACAUUUUGUAAUGAACUGUGAAAGCAUGCGUUUGCUAAUAUUGACGUUUUAUUUUGUACCAAAGAGAGCAACUGACUACAGGUCUGCAUUGUUUAACCUGUUUGUUUCAUUUUCUGAUUGGCGUGUCAGGUCAAAAUUAGGUUGAAAUAGAAUGUAGACGGCCGUCAUUUUUCUGUAUUGUCUUCUAUUUGAAUAUUGCUAAUCAAUGUUUUGCACUGUUGUCAUUUGUGAGACGAAUAAAUUCAGUUGUCCACUGAU